AUGAGAUUUGCUCGAGCCUCUGUACUUGCGGCCUGCGUGCCAGCAGUCACCUCGCGCUUCGUUGAGCCGAUGGAGGCAAACAAUGUGUUGCUCAAUCCCGACGAGCCAACCUUCCUGAUUGAAACGGCUCCUGGCAAGACACAGUGGGUGACGGAGGAUCAGAAAUGGGAGCUUAGACGUAAUGGUCAACGCUUCAUGGAUAUCACCGCUACGAAAGACUUGGGCUCCCAGAACCUGCGGGUCAAGGAGACUGUCGAAUUUCCCAAGAAGUGCGUCAAGCAGGACGAGGUCAAGGAGCUGGCCAAGAACCUUCAAACGGCGCCGAUGAAAGCCAACCUCGAGAAGCUAUCUAGCUUCCACACACGAUACUACAACUCCGACUGGGGUCUAAAAUCGUCCGACUGGGUGCUGAACAAGGUCAAGUCAAUCAUCAAGGAGGCUGGCGCUGACAAGACUGUUACUGCCGAAAGCUUCCCUCACACUUGGAAGCAGCACUCUGUCAUUGCCCGCAUUCCUGGACAGACCAAUAGCACCAUUGUCAUUGGUGCUCACCAGGAUUCCAUCAAUUUGUGGCUUCCUAUCCUCGCUGCUCCAGGAGCUGAUGACGACGGCAGCGGAACAGUAACCAUCAUGGAAGUUUUCCGAACGUUGUUGAAGUCCAAGGAUGUUGUAGAGGGCAAGGCCACGAACACGAUUGAGUUUCACUGGUACAGUGCCGAGGAAGGCGGUCUGCUAGGUAGCCAGGCCAUUUUCAAGCAGUAUGAGAAACAGCAGCGCGACGUCAAGGCUAUGCUACAGCAGGAUAUGACUGGUUAUGUGAAGGGCACUUUGGACUCCGGUCUGCCGGAGAGCGUUGGUGUUAUUGUCGACUAUGUUGAUGCUGGCUUGACCAAGUUCAUCAAGACUGUUAUUGAGCAGUACUGCAGCAUCCCCUGGGUUGAAACGAAGUGUGGCUACGCUUGUUCUGACCACGCCUCAGCUUCCAAAGCUGGAUAUCCUUCCGCGUUUGUCAUCGAAUCUUCCUUUGACAAGUCUGACCCCAACAUUCACACCACUUCGGAUCUCAUUGAGUAUCUUUCGUUCGACCACAUGCUCCAGCAUGCUCACAUGACCCUUGGCUUCGUUUACGAGCUUGGCUUCCACAAGUUCACGAACGCUGAUGAGGGUGACGGUGAGCUGUAG